UCCAAGUCAUUGCUCUAGCGUUCGACUGCAUACCUCUACCUCACGCGACAGGCGACAUUGGUGGAUCGUCAUCGGAAUUGGGUUGGCUCGAUAUCAGGCACGGAGAAGUGGGCGACCCAACGCCAGUUCAUGGAAAGCACUACAAAGCGGGUGAACCCAAGGGACAAGUGCAUGCGCGCGCAUUCAAUUAGGUCGCAGAAUGCCACAAGCUGCAAGAUGGGUGGGCUCCCCCUCCAUUCGAGGUCGAAGAGAAUGGGUGCGGAUGGUGCUUUUGACUUUCAGUCUGUUGGGCUUACAAUUCACAUGGGGCAUUGAGAUGACUUAUUGCACUCCAUAUCUACUUCAGCUCGGUCUCACCAAAUCCAAGACGUCUCUGGUCUGGAUCGCCGGUCCUCUUUCCGGCCUGAUAAUACAACCGCUCAUUGGUGUGAUUGCUGAUCGGUCUCGCUCAAAAUGGGGCCGUCGCAGACCAUUCAUGAUUGUGGGGUCUGUGGUCGUCGCAAUGUGUCUGUUGUUGUUGGGAUGGACCACGGAGAUUGUUAGGAUGUUUGUCAAAGACACCGAGAAGGCCAAGGGCACCACGAUUGCCAUCGCCGUCCUGAGCAUUUACGCAGUGGAUUUCGCGAUCAAUGUCGUACAAGCGUGUUGUCGUAGCUUGAUAGUCGAUACGUUGCCGAUCCCUCUUCAGCAAACUGGUUCAGCAUGGGCGACCCGGAUGACGGCUAUUGGACAGCUCAUUGGCUAUGUGAUCGGUUCUAUCGACACGGUUAAGAUCUUUGGCACUGCUUUUGGCGACACGCAAUUCAAGCAGAUGACCGUCAUUGCCGCAUUGUCUUUGAUAGCAGCAGUGUCUGUUACAUCCUACGCAGUGAAGGAGAGAGUCCUGAUCACAGCAAGGGACUCGGAUGAUAAGGCCGGAGCGCUGCAGGUCAUCUCCCAAUUGUGGAAGACCACGAUGGAGCUCCCACCACGCAUCCAGGCCAUCUGCUGGGCCCAAUUCUGGGCCUGGAUCGGCUGGUUUCCGUUUCUGUUCUACAGCACGACAUGGGUUGGUGAGACGUACUUCCGAUACGAAGUUCCCGAAGAUGCGGUACGCCCAAGCGACAUGCUAGGAGAAGUGGGUCGAGUCGGCAGUUCGUCGCUCGUUGUCUUCUCAUCCAUCACACUCUUUGGUGCUAUACUCCUGCCGUUUUGCGUUCAGCCACCAGACAACAAACGGCCUCGGUUCACCCCGCGACCACCUCCUGGAAUCGCCUCGCUACUCAAGAAGGUCCCCAGCGUCCGUCCGGAUUUGCAGACAACGUGGUUGAUCUCGCACAUUAUGUUCGCAGCUACCAUGGUUUUUGCACCAUUGGCACGGUCGCGCGCUUUUGCUACAUUCCUCGUCGCUCUCUGCGGUAUCCCGUGGGCCAUCAGCUGCUGGGCACCCUUCGCCUUCAUGGGUGUUGAGAUCAACAAACUAGCCAUGAACCCCUCGCCAUCAUCACGAGUAACCAUGAUCACCUCUUCCAGCAUCCUCUCGGGCGGCUACGGCGAUCGAACAGCCACGGACACGGACCUGGAUGUUCUUCGGCUCAACCACCACGACUCGGACAGUGACAGCGACGUGGAGGAUGGCGGUUCCAGUGUUCCAUCAACUGGUGAACUCGCGGGCAUCUAUCUCGGCGUGUUGAAUGUCUACACAACCCUUCCCCAAUUUGUGGGCACCUUCAUCAGCUGGAUCGUGUUCAGUAUCUUCGAACCGGGCAGCACCAAGCGUGACGACACCGCGCAGGAAUCAUCUCAGUGGAUGAAUCUUGACAAAAGCAGACCAAACGCUAUCUCAAUUUGUUUAUUCAUCGGCGCUAUCAGCGCCCUGGUGGCUGUAGAGGCCACACGACGGAUGCGUCACGUCGCAUGAUCGUACCAUGGGUGCUCGUGAUGCUCGUGGGCAUCAGUCCUCGCAGGUUUUCCCUGCGUUGGAGAGCCUCCCAGGAACUCCCAUCACGAGCAUAUCGAUAAUGCGAGCCACUAAAUGUACAGAGACCUUUACGACUCGGGCGUCAUUUCUGAAACAUACGACCU